UCCUUUGGUCAAAACAGCCGGAUGUUGAAAAAAGCCAGCAUUCUCGCCAUUAUGCGAGCCGGUAAGUACAUGGCAGACGGGGUUUAUGACAUCCUCGGCAAGAUGAGCGCCGCGCGCAUCGACUUCCCGCACCAAGCCGGCGAUCUGUUGCCGGAUAAGCACAAUGUCAUCAGUGGGGCGGGCGUGUUUCUUUUGGUGGAUCCGGUGGUGAACAGCGGGGCGACGAUGGUGGAAUUCAUCAAGACCAUUGCCGCGGAGAAGGCGAAGGAGGUGAUCGUGGAGGUGGAGAGAAACAAAAACAAAAACAAAAGUUCUACUUUCCCUGACAACUUCAACUCGACAAACCAACAAAACGAAAACACGAGGACUAGAAACGAAAUCAGAAUCCUGAUGCUGACCGGCGUCGUGCAGGCGGCGACUUUGAACGAAAACAGCGAAUUCAGGAAACAGAUCAAGCAGAUUCAGGAGGAAAACGCACGGUCUACUUCAGCGUGGUUGGUUGUAAAAGUGUAUUUGUUCACCCUUCGCGUUUCGGAGAACCAGUACAAUGGGGUGGGUGGGACUGAUA